AUGUUAAUUGGAUCAAAGUCAGUUGGGAAAAAACCCAAAGGAGAACCGAAAUCAAUUUCGAAGAAUCCACCCAAAGAUGUGGCAAUGGUGGAAGCACGAGAAGUGACAAAAAAAGAGAAAACGAAAAUCACGUCUGUCCGAAGAAAAGAUGCACCAAAAAAGUCGGUUAGAAGGAGCAAGUUGAUGGCAGAUAACAUGCAUGAAGUUCCUACUCCAAGUCUUCGAAAGAAAAAAUAUACAAGUCCAGCUGCUUCAGAAGACAAAUUAGUUGAUAAGAAGAAGGAUGAAACAUCGAAAAAAGAGAUUAAAAUUAUCGCGAAAACUCCCAGAAAUAUCGACAAGGAACAGGCUCAGAAGUUUUUUAAACAAAAGAUGGAAAAUCAGACGACUUGGAGAAGAAGCAGAGAAGAAGAUAUGCAUAUGGAGACAAUGCCAGAAUCCAGUCAGAUCAGCGGAAUGUCAAAAAAAUCUAGGAAAGGUCGAAGAAGUAAAUCAAAGAAAACUCCUUUGGAUCGGAACAUUUUUAAAGAAAAUGGUGAACCAGUAUGGGUUGUUCCUGAUAGGAAACCAAGUGAAUGGGUAAUGAAUGAAGAUGGAGAAUUGAUCAAAUAUCCAGAAUUGGCGGCUGCUUUAGAAGAAGAUGAACUGGAAAUGGAGGAUGGCAAAGGAUGGUUUGAUAAGAUUACUGCUUUACUAAGUGGAGAGUUGAAAAAAGGAAAAUCAGACUCAAAGCAAGCCGUUCAGGAAAUAAAGGCAUUUGACUCAAUGGAGACACUGAAAGAGAGAACGGAAUUACUUUUUAGUAAAGAUGUCGUCAUUUACAAUACUUGUGAAUCAACAUUGCAUCUCUCUCAUAAUGCAAUCGAACGUUUUACCCAGCAAAAUGAUGACACGUGUCCUCGAAAAAGCGUUCCUCCAUUCAAAGAUCAAGAAUCCAAAUUCAAAAAAAGGCCGAGGGAAGAAGAAAAGACGUGUGUCGUCACAUCGAUACACUUCAAUUCAAUUAGAUCGAUCAUCACUUACGAUCGUCGACAUCCGAUCGCGUCAAUUCAAAAGCUUAAAAAGAAACAUCGUGAUCAAUUGAAAGUUUUGGAAGAUCAGAAAGAAGUGAAAGAAUCUGGAAAAGAGAAGGAAAAUGAAGAAGCUCCCACACAGGCGAGAGAGACAAAGAAGCAUCAGGAUUAG